AUGAAGCACAGAGCUGGCUUAUGGGGAGUUCUCAAAUGGAGGUUCAUUCACUUCGUCGAGUGGCUCUUCUCGGGUGCUGGUUGUUCUUGGCAUUUGCCAUCGGCUUCUGCUAUGGCGUCGAUGAUCAGAUAGUUCAUGUAACAGGGAAUGUAGGCUGUUCAGAUUGCGGUGAGGUUAAUAUUAUGCCCACUCAGGCCUAUUCAGGACUUGGCGUAACCAUUGAUUGCAAGCCCAAAAAUGGAGAGUUCAAAACAAGAGCAGUUGGAGAGCUCGACGAAGGAGGGACAUUCAAGGUCUCUCUUCCUCGGGAGAUGUUAAAAGAUGGAGAAUUGAAAGAGGAAUGCUAUGCACAGCUUCACAGUGCAUCGGCAGCGCCAUGCCCUGCUCACAAUGGCCUUGAGGACUCCAAGAUAGUCUUCAAGUCUAAAACCAAUGGAAAACACGCCUUUGGCCUAGCCGGAAAACUGAUAUUCUCGUCGGUUACUUGCACUUCAGCCUUCUUGCGGCCUCAUUUCAAGCACCCUCCUUUACCCAAAUUGCCACCUUUACACAAACCUCACCCAUGGAAGAAGUCAUUGCCCAAGUUUUACCUUCCACCAAAGAAAACCUUUGGUCCAAAGAUUUUCCCUCCAUUUCCUCAUCAUCACCUCCAUCCAAAGUUCUUCCCCCCAAUUUAUGGCAAGCCUUUGCCUCCACCAACACCUAUUCACGAGAAGCCACUUCCACCACCAACACCUAUAUAUGAGAAGCCACUUCCACCACCUGUGCCAAUAUAUGAAAAGCCACUGCCUCCACCAGUACCUAUAUACAAAAAACCACUUCCACCUCCUGUGCCAAUAUACAAGAAACCACUUCCACCUCCAGUACCAAUAUAUAAAAAGCCACUUCCACCUCCUGUACCAAUAUACAAGAAGCCACUUCCACCUCCAGUACCAAUAUACAAAAAGCCACUUCCACCACCUGUACCAAUAUACAAGAAGCCACUUCCACCUCCAGUACCAAUAUACAAGAAGCCACUUCCACCUCCAGUACCAAUAUACAAAAAACCACUUCCACCACCUGUACCAAUAUACAAGAAGCCACUUCCUCCACGGGUACCUAUAUACAAAAAACCACUUCCACCUCCCGUGCCUAUAUACAAGAAGCCUCUUCCACCUCCAGUACCAAUAUACAAGAAACCAUGUCCACCUCCCGUGCCUAUGUACAAGAAGCCACUUCCACCUCCAGUACCAAUAUACAAGAAGCCACUUCCACCACCAACACCCAUAUACAAAAAACCACUUCCACCUCCCGUGCCUAUAUACAAGAAGCCACUUCCACCUCCAGUACCAAUAUACGAGAAACCACUUCCUCCACCGGUACCUAUAUACAAAAAGCCACUUCCACCUCCUGUGCCUGUAUACAAGAAGCCACUUCCACCUCCUGUGCCUAUUUACCAAAAGCCACUUCCUCCACCAGUCCCAGUGUAUGAGAAACCACUUCCACCUCCAGUUCCAAUAUACAAAAAGCCGCUUCCACCUCCGGUUCCAAUCUAUGAAGAGCCACUUCCACCACAGGUUCCAAGUUUGGAACCAAUCUCUAAGCCUCUUCCUCCAUUCCCAGAAAUCCCUCCUAUAUAUAAGAAACCCUUUCCAAAAGUCCCUCAUUUUCCCAAGUUUCCUCCUAAGCACUUUCAUCACCCAAAGGUCGGAUACUUCCCUCCCUUGCCACCUUACACUCCUCAUUCUUAGAUUACUCUACUAAUCUUCCCAUGUCUAUGUUGAAUAUCGCUAGCUUUGGGUACCAUUGAAGGGCUUGGAAUGAAAUUUUACGAUUGAAAUAAAGCCUUCAAGGUACAUAGAGAAAGCUGUUCUAAAGAACAUGAGACUGAGGAGAGAAACAAAGAGAGUAUGAAUUGAUAAAAUGAAGGUUGGCUUGUGUGAAUUGAUCUUGACAUCUUCUCAAAUGCAUUUUGGAGCUUGUAAAUUUCCAAAUGAACUUGCCUACAAAAUAAUACUACGUCCAAUAUUUUAUGUCA